AUGGGAGAAUUCGCCCCACAGGAAGGUAAUUCAGGAGACGUCAAGAUUCUUGAAACUUUCCUCGCUAGCAACCCUUCCGUUGAAUAUAUUCGUUAUCAAUGGAUCGACUAUUCAGGCCUUCUGAGCGCUCGUAUCGCUACAAAAUCUUUUGCGCUCUCCCUGGGACGAAAAGAGUCAUCGUUAACAAUCCAGUCACCAAUUCUAACCGCGUUAAUACUCGACAACUCUUUUCUGUUUGAAGACUUUGAAGUAGGACAAGAUGAACUCUUUGCUGACUGGUCAAGUCUCAAAAUCUGCCACUAUGCUCCAAAACAUGCAAUGGUCAUGUGUUUUGUCAAAGAAGGAGGACACAAAGACGGGAAAGGCUUUCGCAGAUGUCCUCGUUCUCGGCUUCAAGAAGUGUGUUCCUCGGCGAAGGGGAAACAUGAUUUGGACUUCCUUGUUGGCAACGAAGUUGAAUUUUUUAUAUUUGACGAAUCCAGUGGAACGCCAAAACCAAUCGAUAUGGUCGCAAAUACAUACUCGGCGGCGAGUAUCAACAACAAAUACCUCCCAAUAGUUGAAGAGAUGGUUGAGUGUAUUCAAAAUGUCGGGAUCGAAGUCCGGCAAUUCCACUCUGAAGGAGGCCCUGGCUUGUUUGAAAUCUCGACGGAGCCUAUGGCCCCUCUUCAGUCAGCGGAUGCCCUGGUUUACUGCCACGAAACAAUCAGGAAUAUCUCACGCAAGCACGGUCUUCAUGGUACGGUCUAUCCAAACCCUUUUGAGAAGCUGAGCGGAGUUGGAUCUCACAUGCAUCUGUCGAUGUCACGCCUGGACAAACAUGAAAAUUUCUUAGCAGGUUUGUUGGAAAACUGGAGGGCUUUGGCAGCGUUCUAUAUGCCCAACUAUGACAGCAACCUUCGGCUUAAGCCAGAGGAGCGAAUUUUCUGGAGCCUGCAGAAUAGAACUGCAACACACAGGAAAAUCAAGGAUGGCCAUUGGGGACUUCGAGGUGUAGAUGCAACUGCCAAUCCGUAUCUGGCGAUGACAGCUAUCUUGACAGCUGGGAUUAUUGGACUUGAAAAGGAGAAGAGCUUAACCAUCAAGGACCCAAAGAGAGCGGUCUUCAAAGGUAUUGAAGACGAUGAAGCGAUGGAUCUUGGGAUCUUAUAUAAGAUGCCAACAAGCUUGAAGCCAGCAAUUGAUAGCUUGAAAGCGGCCGAGGAGUUGAAGGAUGCAUUGUGUCCAGGAUUGAUUGACAGAUACGUAAAGGUCAAGACCAAAGAGGAGGAGAACUUCGGAAAAUUGACUGGGGUCGAGAGGAGGGAAUUGUCCAUGAGAGUAUUUUGA